GCUGCAGCUAAAAUCAUGAUGAAAAAGAAAAAGGGACGAAUCAUCAACAUAUCUUCUGUUGUUGGUUUAGUUGGCAAUGCCGGGCAAGCCAACUACAGUGCUGCUAAAGCAGGAGUGAUUGGCUUAACCAAGAGUGUUGCAAAAGAAUAUGCCAGCAGGAAUAUUACUGUUAAUGCCGUUGCCCCUGGAUUUAUUGCUUCUGAUAUGACUGCCAAGCUAAAUGAAGACAUUGAAAAGAAAAUUUUGCAAAGCGUUCCCUUAGGACGCUACGGUCAACCGGAAGAAGUUGCUGGACUAGUGGAAUUCCUGGCACUGAAUCCUGCAGCUAGCUACAUUACGGGACAGGUUUUGACCAUUGAUGGUGGGAUGGUUAUGUAGAAGUUUAGAAAAUCCGUAUUUUGUUUGCUCACAAAGAAGAAUUGAAAGGGUGAUUAUUUAGGUUCCACCGGGGCUGUAGCCUCAUUCUAUGCCUGAGGAAAAGGAACUUAUUAAUUUAGUGGUAGGAGAUGGCCGGACAUACUGUUUUCUGCAUUUUCUCCUCUUCUUUUUCCAUUUUGCUGGCUGAGGAAGCAUUUUUUGGAAAUUUUGAAACAGGGUUUUAAUUUUUGUUUUGGUUCCUAUACCAGAGUUUUAAAACCUAAAAUGCUGUUAUUGCUUGAAUGUUGAUGUAUGUUUUGGCAAUAUUGGUGUACUUCCUUUGGUCAAAUCA